AAUCGUUUUCUCUCGAGCCUCGAUCAUUAAUUUCUCAGAUGUGGUUUGAGUUUGACAAGUAUAGUAGAAAAAUAUUCCGAUGUAUUUUUUGUUUUGUUUUGGCUUUAAUUUUUCUGUUCGUGAACAUCUUGUGAUCCUUAGUCUUUCCUAUUAAUUUUCAGAAACCAAUGUGAACCCGUGAUACAGUGACUGCAGAUUUGCGGGAUGAAUUCUGCAUGUUUAUCAUUUUAUCAUUUGUAUGUGCGCACUGCGCACUGUGACUCUGCACUGGUGACUGACUGCAUUUUAAUGCCAUUCGGCCCUCGGAACGUGUUGGGUUUUGCUUGCAUGUUUAUGGAUAAUUGCGGGAAUGGCAGAAAUUUCCCUGCAACUGCAAAAUCUUCCAAUUAGUAUUGCACAGCCGAAGCGCAUCAUCAUCUUGGUUCCGCUUGCCAGCGUCAACCAUGCAGCCGCUAGUGCUGCUGCAGCUGUCUCGCCUGUGACGGUUAGCGCAGGCGCACUGUCUGAUUCCGGGGAUUCGGCUGAUGUCAGACAGCUUUUGCUGGUCCAGCGGCACCACGCAACCAAGUUGCAGCAUGUCACGGCGGUGGUGGACCACAUCGUCGAGACUCUGGGCGAAGAUUCCGAUGUUGUGCAGAAAUUGCUGACGGCCGUGACCGAAAGAGAAGGCACGCAAUGUGUUCCCUUCAGGGCGCCGCAUAUUUGCGUUGCUGGGCGAAAACUCCCCUCUUAUGUCUGGGUGGCGCGAGCCUUUCGGUGGAGCAAUGCGACCGAAUCACAGCUGUCCUCUUGCGCCAACUGCACCGUCGAGUCCAACGAAACUUGCAUCAACCCGUACCAUUACAGAUAUGAGAAAACUAAACGGAUUAAUGCAGAGCCGUUGGACGAUAGUCCUUCGGAAAACCAGCUCGAAAGUGUCGAUUAUGCUCCGUGCGAUCAAAAUGCAGUAUUCCGCUCAGUCCUACCGGACACGGACGACCCCCUUCCCCUGGACAUCGAAAAGCAGCGCGGGGACAAAUGCUGGAUGCCCGGCUGCGACGUGGAUCUGACCUAUACUUCCCGCGAUCCCCACACUCGCCAGUCCUUCGAGUUCCCGCCACGUCGGAGUCUCCUGUAUGAGCAGUGGAUCGCGGCCGGCGGCGCCACGGCCGUCGAGCCCCAAGCGACCGCCCGUGUCUGUCAUCUGCACUUCCGCACCGCUGAUCUGCGCCGCGUCACGCGUAUCGUGGACGGACAGGAAGUGGCACGGUACACCUUGGCUGCCAAAGCUGUCCCCGUGCCCCAGGUGUGCUGUUGGGCGGAAAACACGCCGACGGCGGACGGAGUGAAGUUUGGAUCAGUCAGACUGACUGCGCACAAUGUCCAGGUGGUGCGCACCGAGCAGGGUCUCAUCACCACUUCAAAGGCUCCCGGCGGUGAUGACAUGAUGGAAAUAAGUGAAUUUUUCCGUGAUGCAGCGUUACCAAAAGCCGAUUUGGAUCUUUUGGUCAGCAAUGACAAGUUUUUUUGCGUUACCUGCCGGAAGGUGACGAAUGAACCAUGCUGGGCUCACGCGGUUCACAUAACAGACAGUCUUGUUCCUCCUCUGUCUCGUAGCAGUUUACCGGAAACGCUGGACUUUGAUAAGGAGAAUACAGGAGACGGUGUUUUUGCAAGAUCCACAAUUCAUGCGCACACUGUUUUUGGUCCCUUCAUUGCCCCCUUGACACCACACAGGUCGUCCUUCGUCAGCGGAAAUGUGGAAAAUUUUCUUCAAACAGGCGACGAUCAUUCUUGCAACUGGAUGAAGCACGUUCGGUUUGCCGUUAGCGAUGAAGAUCAGAACCUGUCAGUCUUCUUGAAGGGAUCAGAUGUGUACUUUGUGGUGAGGAAACCGAUCUGUCCAGGACAGGAACUGAAAGUCGCCUAUUCGAAGGAAUACGCUGACCAUGUGAAAAGCGCGUAUCAGAAACGCAUCUUACCAGAUGCAUUUUUGCCUGCCGCUACCGGUGAUGAAAUCCAUGAUUCUCAUCUGGAUUUCACAAAUUACGAUGUUGGAGAUUUUGAUCCAAUGGAUUGUGACAGUGAUGAUCUAAAUCCUUCUGCAUCGCAUCCAGCAGAUAACGAAAUUGUGCCUGAAGCGAAAAUAGCACCCACUCGUCCUCGGCGCCACCGGAACGACCCCAAGCCGAAACCUAAGGAACUGAAAAAUGUCAAGAUAGUCUCCGUCUUCAAGCACCGCUGCGCCGAAUGUGAGCUGCACUUCCGCACGCAGCCACUACUUGAUCUCCACUCUGCCCAUCAUGCAGCAGAAGAGCCCACCGACAUUGCACUGCGUUGUGUGGGGUGUGAGUACACGGCGGUGGAUUUUGUUGAUCUCAUGCAGCAUGUCAAGCAGCAUGGGCUCAAAGCGGGCGAGCUAGUUCGAAAGUGGCCGCCGCGGCCCUGUGCGGUGUGCGGUGGUAAGGCCGCCAAUAUCCGACAGCAUGUCCAGUCUUAUCAUCCCGAAUUCUUCCGGGAUAUGAGCAGCACCUGGACGCAGCGCUGCGAGACUUGCAAGGAGAUAUUCCCCACCGAGCUGUCGUUGGAUAUCCAUUUGAAAGCCGUUCAUCAAAACAUGACCAAUCGGCAGUGCCGUAUCUGCAAGAAAGUCAUGGAUAACUGGAUGGAAACGCGGGAUCACGUCCAAUCCCAUCGCACUCCCGAAGGGUUUCUGUGCAGGGAAUGUGGAAAAACAUGCGAUUCGUAUCGUAAACUCUGCCUUCACAUGACGAAAUCCCACACGGAAAGAACGGAAAAACUGAAGGGCAAAGAAACGCCAUUCUUCAAGCUGAUGCAGGACUUUAUUGAGAAGCAGAAGGAAAAGGGGAUAUGUUACAAGCAGACCGCAACCCCGCCGACGUGGAAACGAAACUACCCGUGCGGGUUGUGUCCAGCAGUAUUUCCCAAUGCCGUCAUCCGACGCCAACAUCAGCCCCUUCACCACCCGGAAGACGACCACUCCCAACUGGAUUUGGGAUGCACCGGGUGUGGUCAGCGGAGCGAGAGCUUUGAUGCUUUGAUGCAGCACUUAAUCACUCAUGCCAUCAUGCCCAGUGCAGAUGUCCCAGAUCAACCAGCCUCUAAGAACGGCGCCUGUUUGACCUGCGGGAAGAAGGUUAAAAAUCCCAGACUUCAUGCUAAGAUGCAUCAUCCGGCGCAGUAUGUGCAGGCUUAUCCUGUGAUGUGUGUCAUUUGUCGCGAACGGUUUAGGAGUGAAACGAUGCUGAAAUGCCAUCUUCAAGGGGAGCACGGUGAGAAGCUGUCAUCUGGAUUCACUUGUUUAUUCUGCGAGGAGAACUUUGUGAGAGAAGUCCAACUGCACAACCACAUGCACACCCACGCUGAAGCCGACGGAUUCCCGUGUCCGGAAUGUGACCACAAAGAGCCGCUGCUGACGGCGCUGCGCGAACACAUCGCCACCGUGCACCGAGAAGCAUACGCCUGCAAGUGUCCCGUGUGCGGGAAAUCGUGGACCACGCAGCGAAAGCUGCGCAGCCACAUGGUGAUACACGGCAACACGUACGCCUACCCCUGCGAGCAGUGCGGGGUGCCCUUCAAGACCCCGAAGGAGCGGUUUCGCCACGUUAACGUUGUGCAUCGGGGCAUCAAAAAGAAGAAGAAAAAGUAUCCCUGGAACAAGUCGUACCGACGGGAAAGGUACAAGAACUGUGCGUACAAAUGCGAGACGUGCCUGGCUGGAUACCAGAAGCGGGGAGCAUGGGUGUUGCAUGUGAGGAAAAAGCAUCCGGAGAUUGAUAUAUCCACGCUGCCACCGUAAACAUGUUUGUUCUUAUAAUGAAAACAGCGGUUUGAUACAUAGUCUAGCUGUUUUCCUAAAAUUAAGUAUCUAGUUGCUUUUUUUUGGUGACUAGGCGUGUUUGUUCAACUGGAAUUAAAACGAACGG